AUGGCGUCCAACGACCAGUUCUCCAUUCGCGUGAAGAAAUUCAUGACGAACCCCCUGCUCUCCCGCAAGCAGUUCUGCCUAGAUGUCCUUCACCCAGGCAGGGCCAACGUCUCCAAGAGUGACCUCAGGGACCGUAUCGCGAAGCAGUUCAAAAUCAAGGACCCCAAGACCAUGGUCCUCUUCGGGUUCAAGACGUACUUCGGAGGCGGCAUGAGCUCGGGCUACUGCCUGAUCUACGACACGGUCGCCAACCUUAAGAAGUACGAGCGCCAGUACCGCCAGGUGCGCCUCGGCCUUGAGGAGGCACCAAAGGAGAUGGGUCGCCGCGCCAAGAAGGAACUCAAGAACAGACGCAAGAAGGUUAGGGGCAAGGAGAAGGCUAAAUGCACAGCCGGAAAGAAGAAGUGA